AUGAUUCUAACUUCACUCACGUUUGUCCAACAUGUUCGAGUCAUCAUCAAAAACCUCAACAUGACACCGCCAACUGAAGAGAUAAGAGUGGUUGAAUACCCAACUCGAGUGGAUGAACUUACUCUGACGGGUCUUAUGCCCUUGACAAAUUAUGAAAUUUCAAUCGGCUUAUCAUCACUCCCAAAUGCCGAAGGAAAUGGAGGCGGAAAUGGUACCUUCACUAGCAUCAUCCUGAACACAGGACCAACCCGUAAGUUGCAAUUUCCACAAUCUUUCCUUCACUUUCAUAGCCAUAUCUCCCUGCUUUAUGCCGGAAGCCAAUUGCCUACAUUCAUACAAGUACAUUUUUAUGUGACAUUCAAUUUGUGUGAAAGUGCUCAACGAAGUGAUUCAUUGGUCGAUUGUCACCAGUGA